AUGACUACUAUAAUGAGCUUAUCACAGCAAUAUAUUCUCGCUUCUAGAGCCAAGAGGAAGCUUUUGUCAGCAGCAAACCAGAGUGGGGGUAAAGACCACGAAUUGAGGGUCCUUGUAGGCCAUGCAAACUUGCUAGAUAGACUAUCAGAGUCAAUAUCUAAAUUCGACUCUCUGCUUUCCAGAAACUCUUACGAAGAAAGUCACGUGAUCCAUGAAGAGGAAGAAGACGAAGAGUUCUACGAGGAUGGAGAGGACGAAUACAGCAGUAGUAGUGACAGCGAGGACGAAGACACACAGCCAUUGGUAUCAAGCAAAAUCUCAUCAUUGUCGCCCUACAAUCGGGUGCGAGACGCUCACUCUUCCUCUGGCAAGGACGCACCAGAAAGCGAGCAGGAUUCCGCCGUAUCGUCAUCGUCUGAUGAGGAAGAAUCAACGUCAGAUUCUGAUUACGACGAAUCAAACGCCCGCUCCAGAUACCUCGCUACACUUCAAGACAUGCAAGAUGAGUCUGAAGACGAAGAACCAAACUAUAUUCUAUCAACACACCCAAUAUUGUACAAAUGUCCCUCCCAAAAUCUGACGCUGUCGUCAGUAUCACUAAAUUUGACGUCCGGAACAUCAAAUGACUUACUACAUAACGACGAGUCUCGAGUUACCACUCUUGUACUCUCAGAUGAUGAAUCCGAGAAUGAACUGGAAGAAGAUCUAGGAACACUAUCGCCAGUUUAUGUUCUGUGA